AUGGGGUUAUGCGAGAAGUGUCAGUCCUGGAUGCCUAAGAAAUUAUUUCCUCAUCACAAAUGCGGAGAUCAGAAACAGUGUAAGAUCUGUAAGAAAAUCGUCGAUGCCGAUCAUCGGUGCUACGUACAACUGAAGCCCAAGAAGAAGAAGAAGGGAAAAGGCACCUUAGAGUUUACCAUUUAUUUCGAUUUCGAAUGCACUCAGGAAUCGGGCAUUCACGUUCCUAAUCUGUGUGUGGCACAUCGCGUCUGUCAACAUUGCGAUGGCUUAGACAUAGACCGACCUUGUCCUCAUUGUCAUCACAUGGGACCCCGUCAGCACCUAUUUCAAGGCCCAGACACCUUAAAGAAGUUCAUGGACUGGUUAUUUCAACCCACUACAGCUUUCUACAAACCGGACGAAAUGACUACCAGUGGACGAAAAGCUCUUUACGAAUGGUACGACCAACAGAGGGGAAAAGUGUUUGAUUUCCAGAAAGAGUUUGUAGGGAAUCCAUUCACGUUUGCCAGUGCUGUUAAUUUAGCCUACCGUCGAAAUUUCAUGCCUAAAGACACCAUUGCCAUCAUUCCGAACCUCGGGUAUGAACCGGCACGACAAUAUUCGGCCAAAGCCUGUCGAUGGCUCACCUGGAUGAGUCAUCAGAAUGGAUGUCACAUACGACAUGCCAGAAACGGAGGCGAAGUCCCGAUCGGAAAUUAUACCGUCGACGGAUACCAGGAAGCGACUCGUACCGUCUACGAAUUUUACGGAUGUUAUUGGCACGGAUGCCCCACUUGCUAUCCCAGUUUACAGACGGAAACUCAUCCUCACCGGACCCAAUUUACUUACCAACAAUUACACGAGAAAACCCUCAGAAGGACUGCGGAUUUAAAGGACAUGGGGUACAACGUGUGUAGUAUCUGGGAGCACGAUUUCGAAGUGCAACAAGAUGAGAGUUUACAGCAAUUUGUACGAGAUCUGGACAUUCCGGAUCCUUUGAAACCUCGAGAAGCCCUGUACGGAGGCCGGACCAAUGCCACUAAAUUAUAUUGUGAAGAAGGGGACAUGAGAUACGUGGACGUGUGUUCCUUAUACCCUUACGUGUUGAAACACAGACCUUUUCCCCUAGGGCAUCCCGAGAUCAUCACAGACGACUUCCAGGACGUGAGAAGUUAUUUCGGUCUCAUUCACUGCCGGGUCUUACCACCCCGAGGCCUCUUUCACCCCGUAUUACCUUAUCGGACGGGAGGUAAGUUAUUAUUUCCCUUAUGUCGCACGUGUGCCCAACAACAAGACUCUACGUCUCAACACCCAUGUCAACACACCGACCGGGAACGUAGUCUCACGGGUACUUGGGUGACGAGCGAAUUACAUAAAGCCCUGGACAUGGGGUAUACCUUAGAGGGAAUCUACGAAGUGUGGCAUUUCAAAGAAAGCAGUCAAGACUUAUUUAAAAAGUACAUCAAUACCUUCCUCAAGAUCAAACAGGAAGCGUCCGGAUUUCCCCCCGACUGUAAGACCUCAGAACAAGAACAAGAUUACAUUCGACAAAUCUACGACAAAGAAGGAUUCAUGAUGGAUAGGAUCAGUAUCGAGAAGAAUCCAGUGAGAAGAACCAUUGCUAAACUCUUUUUAAAUUGUCUGUGGGGAAAAUUUGCUCAACGAUUGUUAUUACCCAAAGUCAGAUACUUGGACGAAGUAGAGGAAUUACAUCAACUCUUACAAAAUUCGACUCUCAACAUCAAGGGUGUGCGACUCUUAGUCAAUAAAGAAGAUUCCAUUGAAGACAAGAUUCUAGUGAAUUUUCAAGACAAACAGGAAUUCGUCGAAGAAUGUCCCUUUGGAAACGUGAUCCUGGCUUGUUUUACCACCGCCUAUGCCCGCUUACAUCUCUACGAGACUUUACAACCUUUAGAAGAACGGGGCCUUUAUUUCGAUACGGACAGUAUCAUUUACCAACAUAAGGAAGGAGCUUUUAAUCCUACCUUGGGUCAUAGUUAA